AUGGUGAAUUAUGAUGAUGUAACACAGACGUUGUUAAUAGAUCGUAUAAAAAUACAAUAUGAUUCAAAUAGCCACUGGCAUAAAUAUUUAAAAUAUAGUUUAAGAAAUCCUCAUUCUUUUGAUUAUCCUGAUAAAUUAUAUAUUGGAAAUUGUAACAACAAUGAUUUUGAUUAUUUCAAUUCAGUCUUUUUGUCAAAAGGAUAUAAAUUAAGAAACAUUGAAAAGGUUGAAAAUGAUGAUACUGAGGGAGGCACAAAAAAAUAUCUGCUCGAAAUUGAAAUGCCAGAAGAAAAAGAAUUUAUGAAAACGGAAGAAAUGCUAAUUAGAAAAAUUGUACAUUUAUUCAAAGAGUGUAUGUAUUAUUUUAUGUGUUUUAAUGAAAAAGAUGGUCAAAUUUUAGAGAAAUAUAAAAAUCAAAAUAAUCGAGAUAUUAAAGAUAAUAGUGAAUAUGAACUUUUUAAAAGCUUAAAUGAUUGUAUAAUUCAGUUACACGAUUCAAGAAUAAAAAAAAAUCAGGCAUUAAUUAUGACUAACGAAUUUAGUGGUAUUUUUACACCUGAAUAUGUUAAAUUAACAAAAUAUAGUGAUGGCUUUUUAAAGUUAUUAAAAGAAAAUAAUAUAAAAUAUUAUGAUUUAUUUUAUGAAGAAAUGCAAAAUAAUGAUACAUAUAAAAAAAAAAAACAGCAUUAUGAAAAUUUAAAAAAUUCUUCUUUUGUACCUUUAACUAAAGGAGAAAUAUCAUUAGCUGCUAAAAAAAAUGUUAUAGAAAAUGAUCAGCUUCAAAACUUAAGUAAUAAAUGUAUAUAUCGAGAUAAAGGAGGAAAAGAAAGAAAAAAAAAAAAAAAAAAAAAAAAAAAAAGAAAUGAUGGUGACAACCCAAAUGAGCAAACUAGAAAAAGAAAACAUGAAGAUGAUAUCGAUGGGAGUUCGGAGCAAAUGAAUUUAAGUAACAGUGACGAGAAAAAUGUAGAUGAAAAAUUCAGUGAAAGUUGUGAUAAUGUUGUAAAAAAAAAAAAAAAAAAAAAAAAAAAAAUUGAAAUGGAUGAAAUGUUGGCUAUAAAUAAAAAUGAACAGACAGAAGAAAAAAAAAAUGGAGAAACAAAUGAACUUGGAAUUGUAUUAUAUGACAAUGAAGAAAUAUACAACUAUCUGAAUAUACAAAAUCCGAAAAAAAAUAUUACAGAUAAUCAUACAAAUGGAUAUGAUGAAUUUAAUAAUAAAAAUGGAGACUUAAAAGGAAAUGCCAAAAUAUUUAAUUUAUUAAAUAAACAAGUCGAUUCAGAAGAAUAUAUAUAUAAUGAAUUAAAAGGAGAUUUUAUGAAAGAAAUAAAUUUACCUAAUAAUUAUAAUUAUGAUGUAAAUAUAAUAGAAAUAUGUGAAAAAGAUGUAAAAUAUUUUUAUAGGUGUGUAGCAAAACAUAUUAAUAAAAAAAAAGACAAGAUAAAAGUAUAUUAUAUAAUAAGUAAUUUUAUAUUUUUUUUUUCAAAAAUGUAUAAAAAUACAAUAAAUUUUGAUGAUAAUGUACAUAAAGAUAUUAAUAGAAAUUUUGAUUACAAGAGUAUAAUUAUACAAGGAAAUAUGAUUCCUUAUAAUUUUUAUAUUUUAUUAAAAGCUCUUUAUUUAAUGAAUACUUAUAAUGUUAUGAACAAUUUAUAUAUAAUGGUAGAUUAUGAUGAACGAAAAAAUAAAUCUUUACAUUUUUUAAAUAUGAUAGAAAAUAAAUUUUAUGAUAAUUUUAGAAAAUUUGAAAAAAAUAUAAAAUCAAAUUUUAUAUACAUUCAUAAAUUUUUACAAAACAUUAUACCAAUAAAUAAAUUCUUAUUAUCAAAAGGAAAUAUAUAUAAAAAUUCAGAGAAUAUACCUUCAUCUUUUGUUAAUGAUGAUUUAUUACAAUUGCAAUAUAACCCACCAACUCAAGGAGAAACUGAUGCUAUUGUUUUAUACCAACAAACAGAUAAUCAUACUUCUGUUAAUAAUUGUAUUAUUGAUAACUCUUCAGUUCCAAAUACAGUGCAGAAUGUACAACAUAAUUAUAUAAUAUAUGACCCUUUAAAUAGCUACAAAAAUAUUUCAAAUGUUAUAAAAAGACAUUGUAAAAUAAUUGAAGAAAAAGAUGUACAUAAAAUAAUAAACGAGUUAAACGAUAUUAAUGAUAAUUAUACAAAAUAUUUGCUUAAAGAAAAAAAACUGUUAUAUACAAUUGAAGGAUAUGAAAAAAAUACACUUAUUCAUAAUAUUUUACUUAAUCAGAUAUUUUUUGAUACUUAUAUUUCUUCUAUUUGUAUAUACUAUAUUAAUAAUUAUAUGGAUAAAUAUGAAGAAAUAAAAGCUAUUCCUUUAUUUAAACCCUCUUAUAUCAAUAUAAUGAUAAAUCAAAUAAAAAAAAAAAAAAUUCAAAAGGCUCAAAAAAAAGAUCCUCAUACAAAUCAACAUACUGUAGAUAAAUUAUGUAAUAACUUUUUUAAAAAUUCGUUUGCUUCAAUAUUAAAUACACAAACAAAGGAUGAACAAUCUCGUGGAGUUUAUUCAAAAGAAGCUCCGUCACAACUACAUAAUGCGGAUAUAUCUUUUAAUGAUAAUAGUAACACCUCAUUAAAUAUGAACAAUCCUGGGAAUAAUAUUAUGAACAAGAUAAUGGCUAGUGACACAGCUGGAGUGGGAAAUGAGCUCGAAAAUGUUAAUGUAGCUGGAAAUGGUGGUGCACAAAUAGAAAACCCGGAUAUACAGGCAACUAUAAGUACAGAUAUCCAAAAUAAUGGCAAUAACAUAACAUAUAAUGAAAUGCCGACAAUUAUAAACGAAUCUAUUAUUAGAAAACAAGAGAUGACUAAUUCUAUUACGUGUAUAUUUGCUUUUAUAAAUGAUAACAAUACUAAUGUAUUUAAUAAAAAAGAAAAAGAAAUUCGUGAACUUAUUUUAUAUGUAUUAAAAAAAAAAGAAGCUGAAUAUUCAAACGAUUUAACUAAAUAUACAUUUAAAUAUAGAAAUAGUAUAAAUGAUGCAAUUACGUCAAGUGAAAUAGAAAUACGAAAAUAUGAUAACAAAAAAAUAUUUAUAUUUGGAAUAGUAUUAUCUAAUGAUAUAUCAAACCCAAAACUCCAAGUAGAUAUAAAUUCUUUAUAUAAUUUAAAUGAAACCCUUCACAAAAAAUAUAAUUCAAAAAAAUUUUUUAUUCAAACUGAUUUAUUUACUUUUUAUUGGAUAUAUGAGGUUCAUGUGUAUGGUUUUAUAUCUCUAAAGGGAAAGGAGAGUGAUCACAGAAUUAUUAAUCACAAUGAUAAUAUUUAUCGAUUGCCCUAUGAUGUAAAGUGGGAAAAUAAAGUUUUGUGGGGAUAUUAUUUGUAUGUAAUUCAAGACAGUGUUGAUAGCAAAUAUUCAGAAGAAACUAUUAGAAAAUUGAGACAGGAAGGAAUUAAUUUGAGAUUAUGUUCUGAACAGUUUGAUGUUAAAAUAGUUGAAGAUGAUAUUAAUGAAAUAUUAAGUAUGCAUGAUUUAUGUAUCAGCGAUUUAAAAUAUUUAAAUAAAAAUAUAUUUAUGAAUAUAAUAUUUUUAAUUGAAAAUGGACACUUAACAUAUUUUGGUUUUAUAAACACAGAUAAUAUGGAAAUAAAUCAAAAAAAUCAUUAUAUAUCUAUAAAUAUUUUUAAAAAAAAUAUAUCUUUUCCAUCUUAUAACUUUAGUAUACCUUUAUUAAAUGACUCAUGGAUUACAGAUGUUUUGUCAAGUCAGGCAUUAUUGCCAUUUAACAAUUAUUUUUACAAAUUUUGA